CUUGGAGGUGGCCUGGGCGCCGGGGCUAGCGCUGGUCGAGGUUCGGAACGAACCCCUGGGACUGCCGCUGCUAGCGCCGCAGGGGCCAAUGACGAUGGGGCCUGUGGCUGCCUGCCCAACCCGGGCACUUUCGAAGAGUGCCACCGGAAGUGCAAGGAGCUGUUUCCUGUUCAGAUGGAGGGUGUCAAACUCACAGUCAACAAAGGGUUGAGUAACCACUUCCAGGUGAACCACACGGUAGCCCUCAGCACCAUCGGGGAGUCCAACUACCACUUUGGAGUCACUUACGUGGGGACAAAGCAGCUGAGUCCCACAGAGGCGUUCCCCGUGCUGGUGGGUGACAUGGACAACAGCGGCAGCCUCAAUGCCCAGGUCAUUCACCAGCUGGGCCCCGGCCUCAGGUCCAAGAUGGCCAUCCAGACCCAGCAGUCAAAGUUCGUGAACUGGCAGGUAGACGGGGAGUACCGGGGUUCUGACUUCACGGCAGCUGUCACCCUGGGGAACCCAGACGUCCUGGUGGGUUCAGGAAUCCUCGUGGCCCACUACCUCCAGAGCAUCACGCCGUGUCUGGCCCUGGGCGGAGAGCUGGUCUACCACCGGCGGCCCGGGGAGGAGGGCACCGUCAUGUCUCUAGCUGGGAAAUACACAUUGAACAACUGGUUGGCGACGGUCACAUUGGGCCAGGCGGGCAUGCAUGCCACGUACUAUCACAAAGCCAGCGACCAGCUGCAGGUGGGCGUGGAGUUCGAGGCCAGCACAAGGAUGCAGGACACUAGUGUCUCCUUCGGGUACCAGCUGGAUCUGCCUAAGGCUAACCUCCUCUUCAAAGGCUCUGUGGACAGCAACUGGAUCGUGGGUGCCACGCUGGAGAAGAAGCUCCCACCCUUGCCCCUGACCCUGGCACUCGGGGCCUUCCUGAAUCACCGCAAGAACAAGUUCCUGUGCGGCUUCGGCCUCACCAUCGGCUGAGCCCUGCCUGGCCCCUGUCCUCCAUGCCCUUUUUCCUUCAGAUCCCAACUCCAUCUCCCCCUGCCAUGGAGGAGAGACCUGAGCCCCCCUCCCCCUCCCUUCCCUCCCUCCUUGGGGGUCGAGGGGCAGUGGAAAGGAGGGGACCCACCACCCCAGCAGCUGAGGAGGGGAUUCUGGAACCAAGGGGCGCUUCAGAGUUCUGAGCACCAGGGGCAGCGUGCCCAGUGGGCCUGGGGUCCCAGAAUGGGUUCUGGAAUCGAGCACACGGGAUGCUGAGCGCCAGGGGCAGAGUUGGCCAGACAACCUCAGGGAGGCGUGUCAUGGUGUCCCCAUCCUCCAAGGGGCCCCGGCCCGGCCCCGAGGGGGCAGCAAGAGGAGCUUCCCCGUCCCCGGUCAGUCCACCCUGUCCUCUUCCCGUCUCCCCCUCGGUAUAAAUCAUGUUUAUAAGUUAUGGAAGAACCGGGACAUUUUACAGAAAAAAAAAAAAAAGACAACAAAAAAUAUACACAGAAAAAAAAAAACACGAUUGAACUGGGAGGCCUCACUUUU